AUGACUAUUUAUAGAAUUGUGAUCUUAUCUUUAAGGUAUGCUGUAAGUGUCUUGUGGGAACUAGAAAAAGAAUCGUACGAAGUGCUGCGAGUCUGCUACGCCAAAACCAUCAUUCGGUCUGCGUACAAGCUAGUUUACGAAGCAGCACAGGGAUUACUGGAUGGAGACCCAAGUGUUGUUGGUGACAUCUUGGAACUGAAAAACUUGGAUGAAAGAACGAGACAGAAGAAGUUGGCUGAACUGGCCUGGGCGAUAGCAAAACUCACAGAUAUAGCACGGCACGUUAGAGCUAAGCGGGACAGCUGUGGUGCUCUGGAACUAGAAGGGGUAGAAAUCCGAGUGCAACUGGAUGACAAAAAUAACAUCAAUGAUCUCAUCCCCAAGCAGCCGCUGGAGGUGCACGAGACGGUGGCGGAAUGUAUGAUUCUUGCCAACCACUGGGUGGCAAAAAAGAUUUCAGAAAAUUUUCCCCAUCAGGCUUUGUUGCGCCAACACCCUCCACCACGACAGGAGUUUUUUACUGAGCUUCGAGAAUGUGCCAGUGCCAAAGGUUUCUCAAUAGACACACGGUCUAACAAAGCCUUGGCUGAGUCUCUGGAUAAAGCACACGACCCGUUGGAUCCGAUGGUAAAUAAACUGUUGCGAUCCAUGGCCACUCAGGCAAUGUCCAACGCGUUGUACUUCUCAACCGGCUCUUGUCCUGAGGAGGAGUUUCACCAUUAUGGACUUGCCUUAGAGAAGUACACUCAUUUCACUUCUCCAAUUAGAAGAUACGCCGACAUCGUUGUCCACAGACUCUUGAUGGCAGCGACUCUGAAGGAAGCUAAAGGAGAUGCUAAGGAUUUAUUCAGUAACAAGGAUCUUGAGGAGUUGUGCAGACACAUUAACAGCAGAAACCGGGCAGCCCAGCGUGCUCAGAAACAGUCUACUGAACUCUUCCAGUGCAUGUACUUCAAAGACAAAACCCCAGAAACAGACGAGCGCUGCAUAGCAGAUGGUGUUAUUUACUCGAUUCGGACAAACGGUGUGCUCGUUUUUGUACCAAGAUACGGACUCAAAGGUGCUGCCUAUGUGAAAAACAAAGAAGGCUUAGUCAUCUCUUGUCACGGUGAUAGCAGCUGCCAGUGGAAGCCUGGAUCACUUCAUCGCUCUCAGAACAAAAUUACUUCCACCACAACUACUGGAGAAACAGUUACAUUAAGCCUUUUCGAUCAUAUUACAGUGAAAAUACUCGUGCAGACUUCCCGCUGCCACGCCGACACGAUCAAGCUUGAAAUAAUCAGGAACGCGCCAUACCAGACUCCAGGCACAGAGGUUUCCCAGCAGAAUUUUCACGUGGUGAAAUCUGACUUGGUCAAAGAAGUCAGUCAGUCUGCAGAAGCAGCCCAGCGUGCCCAAGAAAAAGCACAAGUUGAAGUAAUUGAUGAAGACUAUGAGGAGUACUGCCAGACCAAGGGAGCCAGCCUGUACCAGCUGCUGGAGGAGAUCAGGGACUUGGCUCUGUUAGAUGUUUCAGCUGACGUUAGAACUGAACUGUAA